CCGGCUGGAGAGGUUGCAGUAUAGAAAAUGAAUGAGAUGUCUAGUGUGUGAUGUAUUACACCACUACAAAUGAAACCGGUAUUGUAUCACGUGGUCACCGUGACUGAUAAUUCAUUCAUUGAUCAUCAGUAACAGGGAUAAAGGACCGUUUGCGUUCAUACUCGUGUAUGAGAGAGGGCAACAGAGAGAAAAAGAGAAACGCUGAAGCAGAAUCCCUGCUCGCUCUCUUUCUCUUUUUCUUCCCGAACGCGGAGCGCGUAUCCCACUCACAGACCGCGAGGCUCCGCGGCACGCGCGCACACGCUCGCUCACACACACUCACUCACGCACCCAGUCACACACACACACACACUGAACCAGCCGAGAGAGGGAAGAAUGAGGAAGAACUCGCACGCACAUUUCAGCUCUCACAGAUUUGCUGAUAAAGCAUCAGAUAUUUGAUCUCUACGGGUCUGUUUGGGGAAAAACACGCGUGUAUGGAAAUCGGAGGGUGCGUAUAAUACACGCGUGCGUCUGUAAUCUUUCCUGCAUCUCAUAUAUAAAAACCUAAACUAAUGCGAGCUGGGAUACUACUGACGGCUUCCGACAAGCACUGUCUCCGUUAACACUCCUGCUGCCGUUUUCCCACAGAUUGACUACUUCACGGAGCGCCGUUACGCAGAAGUUUGUCACCGAGUAAGGAACGAUGAGGCAUCGUGAGACCUCCCCACGCCUGUUCCUGAGCUUUCAGUGUCUAGUCGUCAUGGUGAUAAUGCUCUACAACGUCCACCAUGUGACAGCGGAACAUGCUCCAGACCACAGCCAGGAUCAUAGUUCUCCUGCCAACAAGUCUUUGAACUGUGGUGGGUCAGUUUCAUGUGCCCCAGGAGUCAUCCUUCCGGUAUGGGAGCCCCCAAACCCUUCGUUUGGAGACAAGGUAGCAAGAGCCACCGUUUACUUUGUGGCACUGGUAUACAUGUUUCUGGGAGUUUCGAUUAUUGCUGACCGCUUCAUGGCAUCCAUCGAGGUCAUCACCUCUCAGGAGAAGGAGAUCACCAUUAAGAAACCCAAUGGUGAAACGACCACUACGACUGUACGCAUCUGGAACGAAACUGUGUCCAACCUCACACUAAUGGCUCUGGGGUCUUCAGCUCCUGAGAUUCUACUCUCGGUCAUUGAAGUGUGCGGCCAUAAGUUUGAAGCCGGUGACCUCGGACCCUCUACCAUCGUCGGCAGUGCAGCUUUCAACAUGUUCGUCAUUAUUGGAAUCUGUGUCUACGUGGUGCCCGACGGAGAGCAACGCAAGGUGAAACACCUUCGUGUUUUCUUCGUCACCGCCGCUUGGAGCAUCUUCGCCUACUUGUGGCUCUACCUGAUCUUGGCUGUUAUCUCACCAGGUGUCGUCCAGGUCUGGGAAGGUCUUCUCACGCUUUUCUUCUUUCCAAUUUGCGUGGUCUUUGCUUGGAUCGCUGACCGCCGCCUGCUGUUUUACAAGUAUGUUUACAAGCGAUACCGAGCCGGCAAGCACCGUGGCAUGAUCAUCGAGACGGAGGGCGACCGUCCUCUGCCAUCCAAGGUGGAUAUUGAGAUGGACGGGAAGAUGUUGAACUCUCACGCGGUGGACUUCUUGGAUGGAUCUCUGGCUUUGGAACUGGAAGACAAAGAUCUUGAUGAGGAGGAAGCAAGACGUGAAAUGGCAAAGAUCCUGAAGGAGCUGAAGCAGAAACAUCCUGAUAAAGAGGUGGAGCAGUUGAUUGAACUGGCUAAUUACCAGGUGCUCAGCCAGCAGCAGAAGAGCCGUGCAUUCUACCGAUGCCAAGCGACCCGCUUAAUGACCGGUGCAGGCAACAUUCUGAAGAAGCAUGCGGCUGACCAAGCUCGUAAAGCAGUGAGCAUGCACGAGGUGCGCAGUGACACUGGAGAGAACGACCCGAUUUCUAAGAUCUUUUUUGACCCUGGUUCUUACCAGUGCUUGGAAAACUGCGGCACCGUAGCUGUGAAUGUGAUUCGGCGUGGAGGCGAUCUCAACCAGACCGUCUCAGUGGAAUUCCGCACGGAAGAUGGUACCGCAAACGCCGGCUCAGAUUACGAAUUCACAGAAGGCACUAUCGUUUUCAAGCCAGGUGAGACGCAGAAGGAGAUCCGAGUUGGAAUUAUUGACGAUGACAUUUUUGAAGAGGACGAGAACUUCCUCAUCCACCUCAGCAAUGUCCGUGUGCUUCAUGAGGGUGAUGAGCCUGAGACCACUGAGGCCAACCAUGUGGAGACCAUCGCAACUCUCGGUGUGCCCUCCUCAGCAACAGUCACCAUCUUCGACGAUGACCAUGCUGGAAUCUUCACGUUUGAAGAGCCAGUCACCCACGUUAGUGAGAGUGUGGGUGUCAUGGAAGUGAAGGUCCUGCGUACGUCUGGGGCCCGUGGAGUGGUGGCACUGCCAUAUAAAACCGUUGAGGGAACUGCGCGUGGAGGGGGAGAGGACUUUGAAGACAGCCAUGGUGUUCUGGAGUUCCAAAACGACGAAAUCUUGAAGACGAUAUCAGUCAGGGUUCUCAAUCGAGAGGAAUACGAUAAGCAAUGCAGCUUUUGCAUAGAGCUACAGACGCCACUUUGGAGAAGGAGAGGAUGGACAGUAUACAGAGAGGAGGAGAAAGAGGCGGUGCAGGAAGAGGAGGAGCCUCUGACAGGUGAAGAGGAAGAGGAACGACGCAUCGCUGAAAUGGGGAAGCCGAUGUUAGGAGAUCACCCCAAACUGGAGGUUAUCAUUGAGGAAUCCUAUGAAUUCAAGAACACAGUUGACAAACUGAUUAAAAAGACAAACUUGGCUCUUCUGGUUGGCACCAACAGCUGGAGGGACCAGUUCAUCGAGGCCAUCACAGUCAGCGCUGGUGAGGAUGAUGAUGAUGAAGAAUGCGGAGAGGAGAAGCUCCCCUCCUGCUUCGAUUACGUAAUGCAUUUCCUCACUGUCUUCUGGAAAGUUCUCUUCGCCUUUGUCCCGCCCACCGACUACUGGAACGGAUGGGCGUGUUUCGUGGUGUCAAUCAUUAUGAUUGGCGUUCUGACAGCUUUCAUCGGAGACCUGGCAUCCCAUUUCGGCUGCACCAUUGGACUCAAAGACUCCGUCACGGCGGUGGUGUUUGUAGCGCUGGGAACUUCAGUGCCAGACACCUUUGCCAGUAAAGUGGCAGCGAUACAGGAUCAGUAUGCCGACGCGUCCAUCGGAAACGUGACGGGCAGCAACGCCGUGAACGUCUUCUUGGGCAUCGGAGUGGCUUGGUCCAUCGCCGCCAUCUACCACAACUCGAAGGGCCACGAGUUCAGGGUGGAGCCGGGUAACCUGGCCUUCUCCGUCACCCUCUUCACCAUUUUCGCCUUUAUCUGCGUGGCGGUGCUCAUGUACCGCCGCCGGCCCGACAUCGGCGGCGAGCUGGGGGGUCCGCGGACUGCUAAAGCAUUGACCACCAUGCUUUUCGUCAGCCUCUGGCUCAUCUACAUCCUGUUCUCCUCUCUGGAGGCUUACUGCCACAUCAAGGGCUUCUAAACACAUAAGUACACGCGCUCACACACGCAUAUACACGCAGAACUACACACCUUCACACAGUGACACACACAAUCAUGCAUUCUGUGGAAAAAUACGCAAAGACUAAAGGGUAAUGAGUAAAGACUGCAGAGGAAGGCAACAGCGGCGGACUCGGUGGAUAAUCGUUUUCCGCAGACCAUCGGCCCGUUCUUCUGUUCUCUCAACACGCCACUUCUUUCAUCCUCAUCUUCCUCUGUUUGUUGUGUGACUGCAUCUGAUUGGACGGGGUGUGACCACAGUGUUCAAACAUCAAGACUAGACUAUGAAAAGCUACUAUUGCUACCUUUAACUACUGUAGUUGUGCUUUUUUAAACCUAAACCAGUUUAAAAGCCACGUGGGACCGUGGAAUCUGUAAGCUCCCUUCAUAGUGCCAUGGAACUCUGGGUAAUGUGGCUGUGUGUUAUAGGUUUGUUAUCUUAACGUGGACCGAGCAGUACUGUAAUUUCGCUUUGGUGAUUUUUCAGACACACUAACGCUUUGUGUUUACACACGACAAAAUCGUUAACUUAAACAUCUUAUGUUGUUCUCAAGAGCAGCUCUGUGUAACUAGUUCCUGCGAAGGCCAGUUUUUAUCCCGCUCUUGCACUGGUGCAGUUCAUUCCAGUUCAGAAAGAGAAUAACAAUAAGGAGAGCGUAUUACGCCAGCUCUAAUCUCUCUCGGCGCUGAAGCUUUAGAGACCAGAGGUGCACUAGUGCAAGACUUUGAUUUAAAAGCCUUGAUCUGACGUUCUCAAAGAGCUCGGGUUAAAGAACAUCCUGAAUUUUCGAAUACAAACAUACCGCAGAUUCGAUUAUUAAUUUAUGCAAUCGAUGGAACGCGUAGUGAAGAUAAUCCAGCAUGUGACAUGCUUUUGCCAACAUCACAUCGAGAGUUUACAAUUAUGACUGUUACUUUCCGUCCAAACAUACAUGCAUACAUUUACAAUCACACACUACGAAAUACGCCAAACCAGUGGUCAUUGGUUCUCAAACACACAAUUUACAGUCGUACACAUGCAAGCAUGUAUAAUGGGUAGUCUUUGCUUGAUAAACUUGCUCAUACAGAUACAGUCACUCACUCAUCUGUGUGGAGUUUACGAGGGCACGCUUUCCCUCCAACCCUGCUGAGAUUGCUUCUUUGUACUUUGUAGAUUCGCUGCAUACGGAGCUGUAAGGUAAAUCUCAUAGAGUAGUCACGGUUUUAGACGUAGGUCGAUUUUAAAAGCAGAAACUGUAGAACUAAUCUGAAUUUGACUCUAAACAACUUUAGGAUAGCAUGGUUUAACACAAACGAACUAAAAAAAAACAUAGCUCGGUUUUAAAAUUUUGAAAAUGCAAAUGCAGGAUUUUUCACUCUCCUUUCCGAAGUUGGAUUUCCAGGCUUAGUGGGGGAAGUAGAAAUGUACUGAGCACAGUAGAUCUGACGUAGAUAUUCUGGACUAUUGUGUAGUUUGCGCCAAAUUUGCCAAAGGGAAAAUCUUUCUAAUGGAGUGUGCCACACAGCCCCUGAAGUGGGUUUUCUAUUUCAAAUCGUACGUUUUUUUACCCACACCAAAAAUGUCCUUGCAAGGAUAAAGAGGCCUUGGUGACAUUUCUUACAGGUGUUUGUACUGAAGGGAUCCAGCCUACAGCUCUUUUACUGCAUCCAAACACCUUUUCUUCUAACGAAAGAGUGUUUUUAAAGGGAUUCUGUGUUGGGGUUUGUAGUCUCAGUAGCUUGAUUUUGAAAGAAACGAAAAUGAUUCUUUCUUUUCCGUUGUUUGUUUUAUUUAGUGUUACAUUUAUAAUGAAAGGAAACUAUGUCAUACCAGCUCCAGGGCAUUUCCGUAGGAAACCUUCGAUGAUGACCUUUAAUCCCUGAUGAAGAUGGUCCGCUGUUGCUUGCUAAUUCUAAGAUCCACAAGAAAGACACUACAAACAAAAGACUUUUUCCUGAAGCCUAAUAUCUAUUUAACCAAUAAACAAACAAAUGAAGUUGGAGUGAAGUUGAAGUGAAUUACAGCCAUACCAAGCUCUGCCGAGAAGACUUUCACGGACUCUCGCUGUACGUGCUGCUCGCUAGCCGUCGCACCAACCGACCGCAAGUGCGCCUCUCUCGGUACAGGGCGUUCUCAAACUGUACGCGGUCUCUAAGGUUUAUACUGUAUAUGUAUUUGCUUUAGCAGAGCAGGGGUCAGCAAUUGUGCGUCUGUGCUCUGUGGUCUGUAAAUCAGGGCGUGGCUGCAUUGGAACCGCCCCCCCUGUGGAACCUAGCCCCUCCCCUUGCCCCGCCCCCUUGUUUGCCAUGUCCAUAUUUGGAAUGUUAAUGUGCUUCGUGUUGACAAUGCAUGGAUGCUAACCUGUCUGUAUAUAGUACGCAGAAUCCCCUUCAUUAAUGUAGUUGACAGAGGUUUGAAAGCUGUAUAGAUAUUCAAUCUUUUGUUUCGUUUGCUUGUUUGUUUGAGUUUCCCGUCUGUAAGUUUCAUUUGAAUGUGUUUAGAAUUUUUUUAUUGCACAUGUAUAUUAAAAAGGCAGUAUCUGUCGUUUGGUACAGGAGGAGCACAUGUGCAAACGAAGGAAGCAAUAUAUCAAUGCCUAUGCUUGGUUGUUGCAAUGGUUGUAUUAUUUAACAGUAUGAAAUAUUUUGUCUCUGAAGCGGUGUGUAUGUAUAUACUGUACAGUAGAAUGAAGGCAGAGUCGCCGCUCUGCCGUUAUCACAGAGAGAAUACAACGUAUUUAUUUGAGACUUCAGAAUGACAAAUAUUGCCUUUUGGAUUGAUUGUUGCAUAGAGCUUGUUUCGUUCUAGUUUCUUCGCUGAGCAGUGUGUGUGUGCGCGAGCGCGUGUACGUGUUUGAAUGUUUGUGUGGUUGGUCCGGAGCAGUCUGUGAUAUUUGUAAGAAUUAAAGGAACAUAUAAUCCGUUAUUUAUCUGCUCCGAGUCUGUAAACCAUCUUGCAAAAAUCAGUGAACCAUCUGGAAAAUGUCUGUAAAACAGGAGAAUGUGUGUGAAGCGUCAGGGUUUGCCUCGUGUAUGUCUUACAUUCCUAAACCCCCUUUCUAUUCCUCACUGCUCAGAUGGACUCUAGUCUUUCAGGGGUUUAAUACAAAUCUUUGAUAAUAUUAUUUCCUCCUUCCCCCUCUCUUUAUCUCUCUCUCUCCUCUAACUCUCCAAUCCAAGGCCUCACUAACAUCUUGCAUUAAUGUGUCCAGUGAAAUUAUGUAGGCUGUAUGUUGUAAACAAUCGCAGUGUAUAUGUGUAAAGACGUCCCUGGUAUUCCUAAACAGUGUGUGUAUGUGUGUAAAUGUGUCUACAUUUCACUUAUUUAUAAUGUAUAAAUUUAUAGCAUGUAUAAAGGUUUGCAAAACCACUUAUACUGCAAAGAAUAUUGUUCUUAACUAGUUAUUUUGUCUUGUUUUCCAGUAACAAAUCUAAGAUUUGUUUUCAGACUUUAACUAUUGAAAAAAUAGAAAAUAUACAGGAAAACAGGACAAAACACUGUUUUGUUUAGUUUUUUUGCAGUGUAAACAUGGCAGAAAGCUCUCAUGCCAAAGCAGGAUUGAAUGUAUUGUAUGUAACGUAAUAGCUGGUCUAAAGGCUGUGAGUUUUAUUAUCUUAUCUGUCUUGUACAGAUCGAGGGGCUCAAAUCAUUGUGUGUGUUUGAUCGCUGUAAACUAACGCUGAGAGUCAUGUUAAUGCAAGUGUGUGUGGCCUUGUGGCAUAGUGUGUCUUACACAGUCCUCUUGUCAUGGGCUUAUUAAAGCUAACUCUAUUUUCCUCCUCUCUCUUUCUUAUCUCUUCUUCCUCUCUUGCCUUUUUGCUUUAUUUGACGCUGUUUUGUUUUAAUCGUUAGGUUGUUUUAAUUUCAAUCUGAAUAAUUAAAUAUGAGGUUUUUUUGGUUUUGUUUUGAUUUAUUUUUGUGUUGCACUCAAUCUAAUAAGAUGGACGUCCACUAACUGUGAUUGCUCCCCUAGUACACCUCUACACAGGAAAUAAAGUUUGGGAUAUCCUGUUUAGAGCCAA